UUGGCUCUCCCCAAACAAAAGGGAUCUUGGGGCCCCGGGAGGAGCCUCAGUGACAUUGGAGCAGCCCCUCCUCCGCCCGGCGCAGAUUGGUGUCAGGGCUGGAGAGCAUUGGACACUUUUUCACCAUGCUGACGGCAUUUUAAAUGUAUUUGUCAGUUUUCCCAAAUUCGAACUGAAGAAAACUUUCAGAGUUUGUACCUGAGGACCAGAGUGUGACUGCUAGUUAUCAGGCUUUCAGGAUGAAUCUGGAAAAACUCAGCAAGCCUGAGCUUCUAACACUCUUCAGUAUUCUUGAGGGAGAGCUUGAAGCAAGGGACCUUGUCAUAGAAGCUUUAAAGGCCCAACACAGAGACACUUUCAUCGAAGAACGCUAUGGAAAAUACAACAUCAGUGAUCCUUUAAUGGCUCUACAGAGAGACUUUGAAACUCUGAAGGAAAAAAAUGAUGGCGAAAAGCAGCCGGUCUGCACAAACCCGCUCUCUGUUCUCAAGGUGGUGAUGAGGCAGUGCAAGAACAUGCAGGAGCGCAUGCUGUCCCAGCUGGCCGCGGCCGAGAGCAGACACCGGAAGGUGAUCCUAGACCUUGAGGAAGAAAGGCAAAGGCACGCACAGGACACAGCAGAAGGAGAUGAUGUCACCUACAUGCUGGAGAAGGAGAGAGAGCGUCUGACUCAACAGUUGGAAUUCGAAAAGUCCCAAGUGAAAAAGUUUGAAAAAGAGCAGAAGAAGCUCUCGAGUCAGCUGGAAGAGGAGCGCUCCCGCCACAAGCAGCUCUCCUCCAUGCUGGUGCUCGAGUGCAAGAAAGCCACCAGCAAGGCGGCCGAGGAGGGACAGAAAGCGGGAGAGCUGAGCCUGAAGCUGGAGAAGGAGAAGAGCCGGGCGAGCAAACUCGAGGAAGAGCUGGCGGCUGAGAGGAAGCGCGGCCUGCAGACCGAGGCCCAGGUGGAGAAGCAGUUGUCUGAGUUUGACAUCGAAAGAGAACAACUGAGAGCAAAACUGAACCGAGAAGAAAACCGGACCAGAACCCUGAAAGAAGAGAUGGAAAGUCUGAAGAAGAUCGUGAGGGACCUCGAAGCUUCUCAUCAGCGCGGUGGCCCUCAUGAGCAACCGAAGAAGCCGGUCACCACGUCUAAAGGCACAGUGACGGAGCACCCCGUGCGGGUGUCUGUAUUCUGCCAAACAGAGAGUUUUCAGGCAGAAAGAACCCAGGGGAGCAACGUAGCCAAGGUGACAACUAGUGGGCUGCCUGGUCCCACCACUCCUCCUUACUCUUAUGCAAAAACCAAUGGCCAUUUUGACCCAGAGAUGCAGACUACCAAGGAGUUGAUUACAGGCAGCAGUGUAGAAAACCAAGUGCCUCCACGAGAGAAACCUGUGGGAUUGGCCCAAGAGAAAGCAGUGGAGAACGGUGAGUGUCCUGGGGGAAUCGAGAGUCCGGGCCCAAUGCCGGGUCACCUCCCUUCCAGCGGGAGCUCACUGUCUCCCUGCAGCACUGCGUCCUCCUCUCUCACAUCCUCCCCUUGCUCCUCACCAGUACUAACUAAGCGUUUAUUGGGGUCAUCGGCCAGCAGCCCCGGCUACCAGUCUUCAUACCAAGUAGGGAUCAACCAGCGCUUCCAUGCAGCUCGGCACAAAUUUCAGUCCCAAGCAGAUCAGGACCAACAAGCCAGUGGUCUGCAGAGCCCUCCAUCCCGGGAUCUGUCCCCCACCCUCAUAGACAACUCUGCCGCCAAGCAGCUGGCCCGAAACACAGUCACUCAGGUGCUCUCCAGAUUCACCAGCCAACAAGGGCCAAUCAAGCCCGUCUCACCCAACAGCUCUCCCUUCGGCACGGACUAUCGAAAUCUGGCCAGCACUGCCAACCCGAGAGGUGACAGCAGCCAUUCGCCUACUCCAGGGAAGGUGUCCAGUCCCCUGAGUCCCCUGUCUCCAGGGAUCAAGUCCCCCACCAUCCCCAGAGCUGAGAGAGGAAACCCUCCUCCCAUCCCCCCCAAAAAACCUGGCCUCACUCCUUCUCCAUCCACUAGCACUCCACUGACCAAAACCCAUUCCCAGGCGUCCUCUUUGACAGCCGCAGACGACCUCGCGAGCAGCUGCUCCGCUAACGCCGUCGUGGCCAAUGGCAAGGACGUUGAGAUACUUCUGCCAACCAGCAGCUAGUCCCUUGGAGGGGCUCUCCACAUUUGACAUUCCAUCAGAUUUCGUCCAGGAGCUCAGAGUUAAACCCUUGAGUCAGAUCAUGUUAUUUAUUUUCAUAGUAGCCGAAACCGUCUGUAUAAUACAUCUAGUGCAUUUCACCUUUUUGUAUUUUUUUUUUAAAGUAGAAGACUGAGUAGUUUGGAUUUUUAUGACUCACCUCUUUGCGUACUCUAAAGCUAGACGGGCACCUCAAAGACGUUUCGAGCUCAGCAGUCACCAUCAUGCUGUGAUGCAGAAAGCUAACUGAGUACCAGAUGGUGACCUGCCUGUCUGUUUUGGGACUAGAACCACUCAGCACUCCAUUUGAAUUAUGCAGAAGUGGUUCGUGCAGAUUUUAUUCCAGAUCCAGAUGAACAUGUAUGAAAAGUGCCUGAAAUAAGACUGCCAUGCGAAUGGGAUCCUUCAGCAAAAACACAACAUGGCUCCUUCCAUUGCAGAAAAUGAGAUCCUCUGUGGAUUCUGAAUGUUAAAAACCAACACUGCUUUUAAUCCUCUUUUACAGUUUUUAAUACUCCGAGCUUUGUGUUCAGAAACAAGGCUGCAUACGUAGAAUAGGAAUCCUACAGGUGGGUGUGAACUCACCACAAAGCUGAACUUUACGGAACCCGCGAGAAAUCCUCCUGAGCAGUAAGCAGUUGGGGUGCUGAUUUUCUUGUGCUUUUGAGAAAUUAAGUCAUUCCCAGUUCCCUGCAUACAUUCUUGAUAGAAUGAAAUCACAUCUCCAUUCAAAAAAAUGUCUUCAGGCAUCUACUGUUGUGUAAGGAACUUCUGAUUCCAAUUACUAUUACUUGAAUAGGAACUGGUUACUCAUUCUGUAUAAAAAUUUUAUAACAGAAUGAGAUUUUUAUUCUGUAAUCAGAAAGCAAUAACUUCAAAUUCACUCUCUUUGUAAUAUUAUAAGUCAGAAUUAUAUAGGUUUUACCAAAAUGUUACACUUAUUCUCCAAGCAGCCAGCACUUCGUGUCUGUAUCUGUGGAACCAAAUUAACUUUUGCCUAACUGAAAGUAUACAUAUAUCUGUAUAGAUACACACCCCUUUACGUGUCUAACAUACACACACCUACCACAUAAACAUUAGUGUGAUUAUAUCUUUGGAGUUCGCAAUAUAGCAUAAAGGAUGAGUAGAAAUGCAUGUUAAGAUUACCUACCAAAGCAACUAGAUGUGGCUGGGACUCAAUCAAAGGAAGAAUCUUGUCCACAAGGAAGUGGGGGAAAUUCCACAUGAAGUCAAGUCUUCAGCAUCUUGAAAAGGCAGAGCCAAACUAACCCCAGCGUCACAAAACUCAACUGGUCAUGCGAAUGAGUAAAACGGGUCACUCAGUCAAGUGGUGUAAGACAGCCAGCAGCUGUGGGAACGGUAUAGGAAACUGGAGUCCCCAAGCCCCAUUUAAUAGGUCCCCGUUCACACCAGCUGCUUGUUGCAAGAAUGCUAGACCUGGGUUACCAGCUCCUCAAAUUUUUAUGAAAUCCAAAUUUUCUUGAGAAUUAUUCUGUUUUACAUAUCAAGAACAGAUUCAGAAAAAUGUUAAAUACUGCUAGUUACACAAACACGUCUGCAGCUGGAUUGAGCCCACAAGCUACAAGCUACCAAACUGUAACCUCUUUUAUUCUAGAAACUUCUUUCAUUUCCAUCAGAGCAAGUUUACGAAGACAAAAGCCUCCAGACUUUCCAACUUACAGGCUGCUACAGCCUACGAAGCCCAGGGAAUAUAAUGACUAUCUCCCUCUUCCAAACAAGACUACCCACAACCCAGCUCCAACACGGUGGUUAUGUGAUUUGGUGUCCAAAGGGAUGGAGAGGCCUUGGGGUCCUCACAUACAACCUCCAAGCCAACAUCUGUCCAGCUGCCCCUGACCUCCUGCUGUCAUUUAAGUCUAUUUCUUCUUAACCCAACACUCGAGUUGAUGGGGGAAAGCGGGUGAUAGAACUUAACGUAUAAAUCACAAUAGAGUAUACUGGUGUCUCCAACAGCUUAUGGUUCCAUUAAGGUCAAUACAUCAAAUAUUAAAAACUUAAUGCCCCAGCGUGUCUACCAAAUGAUGAAGGUGGCAUCUUAAACUGCCCAGAGCAAUCAUGCACUAAACUUGAUGUAUAGCCAAAUGAACGGUAUCGAUAAAAUUACUGGAAUUUCUAAACAGGAGAGGGGGCUUAUUACCUCUCUUGCUUUAAAUGGUAAUCUUAAAAGUUGCAUUGUGCUCCUCCUUUGUUUUGGCAUAGAUAUAUAUAGAGAGAGAGAGAUACUAUAAGGAAGUUUAUUUCUUAGGAAGUGCACUGAAUAAUGUGUUUCUUUUACAGUGUAAUAUGGGGGUGGGGAAAUGAAAAAAAUGUGUAUUUUUGCUAGUUGCCUAUCUUCAGAAGAUAAAUAAGCACAAUCCUGCAAUGGAUCCAAUAAUCCAGUUAGGUAUUAUAGAUUAGUAUUUAAGUUUGCUGUAUAUUGUGUGUGUGCUAAGUAAAAGUUCCAUGAUUCACAAUUUUGGUAUUAACCCAUGUUGUAAAAGCUAUGUUACCAGUCAACAGAUUAUAAUGAUGUGCGACACGUAACACGAGCAUUAACUAGUCAUUAACAUUUGUAAAUCAAAUGCACCAUGCAGAAGCCUUCAUCCAUUUUUAUAGCAAACUGCAUUAAAACAAGUUAAAUCAUAC